AUGUCCUUCUCGGCAUUAGGAACGGGUGACCUUGUUUUGUCUGGGCAACUCAAUCGUCCAACUGGUAAAGGAACGAUAUACCAUCAUACGCGUCUAGCAGAUACCUGCUUCGCAAAUCUCGAAAUGCCCUUCGUCAAAGAGGGAUAUGCCACAGAAAAAAUGAUCGCGCUCAAGGCCGAUCCGAUUCAUGCACGCAUACUCCAUGAUCUUGGGGUUGACGUUGUGACCGUGGCCAACAACCACACCAUGGACUAUGGCAUCCAAGGGCUCCGCGAGACAAUCCAGGCUCUGGAUAGUGUCGGAGUCGCACACGUUGGCGGCGGUGAAGAUGUUUCCGAGAGCUUUGCGCCAGUAAUCAAAGACGUCAAAGGCACGAAAGUGGCUUACAUUGGAGUGACGACCACCCUACCAAAUGGCAGCGGUGCUGGUACCUCACGGCCGGGACUGGCUGGAGUGCGUAUCUUUACCAAGUACAUCAUUGACACGGUGACUAUCGAUGAAUCGCCCGGGAUGUCGCCCUUUGUCGAAACGUCCACGUACCAGCCGGAUGAGGACUUGGUUUUACAGUCGAUCAGGAACGCCAAAGCUAAGGCUGAUCUGGUCCUGGUCGCAAUUCACUGGGGUGUGCCGUACGGCUGGGUUGCUUUUACUCAAAGCGAAAUUUCAACCUAUCAACAACCCUUAGCGCAUGCCAUGAUUGAUGCCGGCGCCUCUGCCAUCUUUGGGCAUCAUCCGCAUGUCGUGCACGGUGUCGAGGUAUACAAAAACGCGCCUAUAUUUUACAGCUUAGGGAACUUUAUUUUCAGCAACGAUAUCGUGACACCAGACCAGGAGACUCGAAUUUAUCCUCCAUAUGUGUGGACCAGCUUGCAGCGCUCCGUAUCAAAUAUCGGCGCCUUCGGAAGGAUUCGCUGGACUGAAGGAAAAAUUUCGAGCUGCACCAUUAUUCCAAUCUCCAUCGCUGAGGACGGUGAGCCUGUUGAGGCUACAGAAGAGGAUUCAAGCGUGCUAUUGUCUCGUUUGAAUUCGUUGUCGCAGGAAUAUGGGACGGGAUUUGAGCUCGUGAAGUUCAUCAAUGGCUUUGAGAUCAAUAUUACACCAAUAUAG